CCGAGCGUAGCCGGAGAUUUCGGUCAGAGCCAUAACUGGGCUACAUUGGAAGUCUUAGCUGAAGGAACAAAUGUCAUUGCAAAAUGACAUCGACUCUGUCUAAAUUCAUCAUCAAGACCUUGUGCGACAACCAGGGGUGUUUGGAAUUCGGGAAAUUAGAAGAUCAGCUCGCACAGAAAUUCACGGUUGCGGAUUCGGUCCUACGCGCUGUGCUCUUUGACGACGGUAAAAUAGCCAUUAAAGAAAGAAGAAAGACGGGAAGUAAAAUAAUCGGCCCGGAUAGUCUGGUAGUGGCUAAAACCAAUCUGCGGCUCUGUCAGAAAAAAGCUGGAGAGUGUCCGCAGUGCGAUGGGUUACACCUGUGCAAGUAUUUUGUUUGCGGAGAGUGCACGUUCGGAGGGAAGUGUAAGAAUCCACACAGUGUGGCAUUUCCAUACAAUGCAAAGCUCUUGAAGAAGUACAAUCUUCAUGAUUUCACAGAGAAACAGCUGUUCCAGCUGUUACUCUCUUCAUCCCCUAGUGAGCAGUCGGUGGACUUCAGGACCAUGAGAUAUGGAAACUCUCCAGUUCGUCGCCUGUCCACUGCCUCCUCUGUCUCAAAGCCCCCUCACUUCAUUCUCACUACACAGUGGGUCUGGUACUGGAAGGACGAUGGUGGGAAAUGGUUGGAAUAUGGAAAGGGUGAUGAGGAAUCAUCAGUGACUUCUGAAACCCUGGAGAAUGUAUACCUUGAAGACAGAGAUACAGAGAUUCCGUUCAGUGCUGGCAAACAGCAAUAUAUCCUCCGUUUCAAAGAUGCGACAGGAAACCAGGCGAUGUAUCAGCAGAAUGUAAAAUUCAAAACCAAGCGAGAUGUCAGGAGGAGGCCUCGCUUUGUGUCUGCUCAUGACGUGGAGGACAAGCUGAAGAGUACGUCAUCAAAGAGCUCCAGCUCCUCCACAGCUGAAAGCGUACCUUCGCACUGGGACAAAAAUGCCAUACCUGAGUUUGGAUACAAGCUGAUACAUCUCUCCCAAUCUGCACCAGAUUACAAUCUGAUUGAGUCUUUAUUUAGAAGCACAAUGCCGGUGAAAAAAAUUAACAGCAUCCAAAGGAUCCAGAACCCGUCUCUGUGGAGAGUCUUCCAGUGGUAAAUUACUGACAGAGAUUUUUGGCUUUUUUAAAGAAAUGAUUUGAACUUUUGGAGGAACCAGGUGAUAAAAUAGUGAAUCUACUCUACACAGUGUAGUUUACCUUAGCAGCAACAC